AUGCAUCGCAAUUAUUUAAAAAAAAAACAGAAUUUGAUAUUUUCAGAAAAGCAGCAAAGUGUGGAGAAGUAUGGAGAUGAUUGGGUUCACCACUUUCACACGGCGAAUGCACGAGAGACCUUUGGAAAGAAGAUUUUUGGAAUUUUUUUUCCCAGAAACCUGUCCAUCGAAAGAACUCGAGAAACUCCAACAGCGAAGGAAGGGGACUUGCUACACAAUGGAAAUUAUUAA